UAUUAUAAGUUUAUAACCCCCCUCACCCUUUCCUCCCCUUCAUAAUUCAUGCAGUAGUAAUCUCUCUUCUCACCUAUAUACCCUCUAAUAUUCUAAUUCUCUCUCUUGAUCCAACAAACAAACACUACCAUUUUGUUUGUUCUGAGUAGUGAUCCAUGAUGGAACCUCAACAACAACAACAACAAGCACAAGGGAGCCAACAACAACAACAAAACGAGGAUGGUGGCAGUGGAAAAGGGGGGUUUCUGAGCAGGCAAAGUAGUACACGGUGGACUCCAACAAACGACCAGAUAAGAAUAUUGAAGGAACUUUACUACAACAAUGGAAUUAGAUCCCCGAGUGCAGAGCAGAUUCAGAGGAUCUCUGCUAGGCUGAGGCAGUACGGUAAGAUUGAAGGCAAGAAUGUCUUUUAUUGGUUCCAGAACCACAAAGCUCGAGAAAGGCAGAAGAAAAGGUUCACUUCUGAUCAUAAUCAUAAUAAUGUCCCCAUGCAAAGACCCCCAACUAAUCCUUCUGCUGCUUGGAAACCUGAUCUAGCUGAUCCCAUUCACACCACCAAGUAUUGUAACAUCUCUUCUACUGCAGGGAUCUCUUCGGCAUCAUCUUCUGUUGAGAUGGUUACUGUGGGACAGAUGGGGAAUUAUGGGUAUGGUUCUGUGCCCAUGGAGAAAAGUUUUAGGGACUGCUCGAUAUCAGCUGGGGGUAGCAGUGGCCAUGUUGGAUUAAUAAACCACAACUUGGGGUGGGUUGGUGUGGACCCAUAUAAUUCCUCAACCUAUGCCAACUUCUUUGACAAAAUAAGGCCAAGUGAUCAAGAAACCCUUGAAGAAGAAGCAGAGAACAUUGGUGCUACUAAGAUUGAAACCCUCCCUUUAUUCCCUAUGCACGGUGAGGACAUCCAUGGCUAUUGCAACCUCAAGUCUAAUUCGUAUAACUAUGAUGGAAACGGCUGGUAUCAUACUGAAGAAGGGUUCAAGAAUGCUUCUCGUGCUUCCUUGGAGCUCAGUCUCAACUCCUACACUCGCAGGUCUCCAGAUUAUGCUUAAGAUAUAUCAUAUAUAUACUCAACUUAUUAAUUAUAAGAUGAUAAUGAUAGCCUUGCAUAAUUUGGUUAUCAUCCUAUGAUUAAUUGUAGUUUAUAUAUUAGACUCUGUGUGUUUAGUCAGUUAUGGUUUUAUAUAAUCAGUGUGGGCAAAUGUAAUGGUGUGUACUCAGUUUAAGAGCCUUUCCCUACCUGACACA